GAUGAUCCGCACCUGUUCAACUCAAAAGUCGGCUCCGUGGUGAAAUUGGUGGUCUGAAUCAAAAUGCCUCCCGGCGAGGAUAUUGCAGACCUUGACUUCGACACGGGCUAAAAAGCGAUCAGAAGUAAUGGGGUGGCUCAACGGUCUGUUCCCAGACUUCCGCAUGGCUCCAGAUGCAUCGGAGGAGGAAUUGAGAGCAAUGCUGUUUGAUGGUGCUGUGUUUUGUGUUAUUUUAAGGAGACUGGGUCCCGGUCACAAGGGGGAGGCUGAAUCAUUAGCGACUUGAAGCCCUUCUGAUAUCUGAAUAAGAUAGAGGUUUCCAAUCUAAUUCUUAUGUGGUUUUGUGCCGCAGAUUAAGAGCGGUGGUUGUCCUCCCUCAGGUUCAGGGACACGCUUGGAAAAUUUAAAGAAGUUAUAUCAGUUGUCGAAAGUGUGGGUUUGUCCAGUUUCAAAGUGUCAGACCUAGAACAGGGACCCAUCUCUGCAGUACUAGUCUUUAACUCUGAUCCUGGUUAAGAUAGGGGAACAAAUUUACCACCUAAGUGGGUAAUUGAAGCAAGGAAGACGUUGGAGGCCAUGGAUCUUUUACGAGGAGAGAACACUCAAAGUGGACAACAGUCCCCAGUUCUAGGAGACGAAAGGAGACUGAGCCUAACAGAAGCCAAACUUCAGCAUGUUCUAAGAAGUCCUGUUAUGUCAGAGCCAAUAUCUGGUCUCUCUCAUCAUGCUGGACACAAGUUUCAUGAAGUCUUCCAGUUAAAACAGGGGCUCUAUUCUGAUCUUCCUUCAGCUAAGAUUUCAGAAAUGAUCAAAUCAAACAGUUUAGAUAAUGCCCCCACCCAGUCACUUUUAAGUGUUGUGAACGGGAUUCUUGAUGAAAGCAUUGAGAGAAAGAAUGGGGAAAUACCUUAUUGUGUAGCAUGCUUGUUGAGAAAAGUGGUGCAAGAGAUUGAACGGCGUAUUUCAACUCAGGCAGAGCAUAUUCGAAAUCAAAAUAAUCUUGUCAAAGCACGUGAACAGAAGUAUCAAUUGAGAAUCAAAGUGCUCGAGGCACUAGCAAAUGGGACAAGUGAAGGAACCCAGGCAGUGAUGAACCAGCUCCAGCAGACAAAGAUGGAGAAGAACAAACUUGAAGAAAGAAACAAAGUUUGGGAUGACAAUGUUGUUAGUUUGAUGAAGGAGAAGGAGAAUAGUGAUAAUAUAGUUUCAAAACUCAAGGAGGACUUGGAAACAACAAAAAAGUCAUAUGAACAACAAUGUCUGCAAUUGGAAACUAAGGCUAAGGAAACUAAAGAGGAAUUAGAGCAGAGAAUAAAGGCAGUUGAAUUCCUUUUAGCAGAGUCAAGAAAGAAGACAAAAGAACUAGAGACAUUCUCAGAAUCAAAAUCUCAAAACUGGAAGCAAAAGGCUCAUGUCGUCCACAAUCUCAUAGAUUUACAGCUGCAGUCAGUGCAGGACUUGAGGACAUCUUCUGAUUCCAUUAAGAAUGCAGUCAUAAAUACCCAAAAGAGAUGGUCUGAAGAAUUUACUACUUUUGCUCAAAAGCUUAAAGUAAUAACAGAUGCUAUCAAAAAUUAUCAUACACUUCUUGCAGAAAACAAGAGAUUGUACAACGAGGUUCAGGAAUUGAAAGGCAACAUCAGAGUUUAUUGUCGAAUAAGGCCAUUUCUUACUGGAGAAAACCAAAAGUUGACAACCAUAGAUUAUAUUGGUGAGAAUGGUGAGCUUGUUCUUGUAAACCCCUCCAAACAGGGAAAAGAUGGACGAAAGAUGUUCAAAUUUAAUAAGGUUUAUGGUCCAGCUGCUACUCAAGAGGAAGUCUUCUUGGAUACCCAGCCUCUAAUACGGUCAGUUCUUGAUGGCUACAAUGUAUGCAUCUUUGCAUAUGGUCAAACUGGAUCCGGAAAAACCUACACAAUGACUGGUCCUAACUCACCUGAGAAGGAACGGGGUGUAGAUUAUCAAGCUCUGAACGAUCUUUUUUACAUUUCUCGGUCUAGGAGAGACACUUUUAUGUAUGAAGUUGGUGUUCAGAUGGUUGAAAUAUAUAAUGAGCAAGUGCGUGAUCUCCUAAGCAGUGAUGGUUCCCAAAAGAGGCUUGGGAUUGUAAAUACUUCCCAGCCCAAUGGUCUUGCAGUCCCCGAGGCAAGUAUGUAUCCCGUUCAAUCAACCUCUGAUGUGAUGGACUUAAUGCAGACAGGAUUAACAAACAGGGCUAUGAGUGCCACUGCUCUCAAUGAAAGAAGCAGUCGGUCACACAGUAUUGUGACCAUUCAUGUUCAAGGAGUAGAUUUAAAGACUGGAGCUACUUUGCAUGGUUCCCUUCAUCUGGUAGAUCUUGCUGGAAGUGAGAGAGUUGAUCAUUCUCAAGUUACUGGAGACAGGCUCAAGGAAGCACAGCAUAUCAACAAAUCUUUAUCUGCUCUUGGGGAUGUCAUAUUCGCUCUAUCACAGAAAAGUGGUCAUGUACCAUAUAGAAACAGCAAGCUUACUCAAGUCUUGCAAAGCUCUUUAGGUGGACAUGCAAAGACACUAAUGUUUGUACAGAUAAAUCCUGAUGCGGGUUCUUAUUCAGAGACUUUAAGCACCUUGAAGUUUGCUGAAAGAGUAUCAGGAGUGGAGCUAGGAGCUGCAAGGAGCCAGAAAGAUGGCAAGGAUGUCCGAGAUUUGAUGGAACAGGUGGCAUCUCUUAAAGAUGCAAUAGCAAGGAAAGAUGAAGAAAUUGAACAGUUGCAAUUGCUUAAAGAUAUUAAGAAUCAGUCUCCUAGCACAAAUAGUGAGAGACGAGGUGGCAUCACAUUAAAGCAGUCAUCCUCUGCUCCUAGCAUUUCAUCACGAAGUAGGACUGUGCAACAGGGCUGGAGAUUAUCAGAUGGGAAAGCAGUGAUUUCUAAUAAUAAGGCGGUCUCAGAUCCUGAAAAUUACUUAGACCCCAGUGAUAAGCAGUCUGAAUCUGGUUCACAUCAGUCCGCAGAUGAUUUGAAGCACCAAAAGGAGAUUUCAGGCCAACGAAAGGUUGCUGAAGGUGGCAUAGGUCAGAGUUCUGCAGAUUUUAAGCUUUUGGGUUUUGGUGAUGCUGAUUCAGAGGAACGAUUAAGUGACAUAUCUGAUGGUGGUCUUUCCAUGGGAACAGAAACUGAUGGUUCAAGCAGUGUCGUUGAGCUCGCCCUCUUCCCUGAGCAGGGCAAACCAGCAGAGGUCACAAAAAAGAAAAUGCCAAAAGUUUCAACUCGAAUACCAAAACCACCUCCACCUCCACCUCCGCAAAAGAUUGGGCAAACAACAUCAACACAGCUAAAACUAAAGGAGACUUUGAAGUCAGCAAGAGAUAAUUCAUCCUAUGCAUCAUCUAGGCUGUAUGGAGAAAAUAUAUAACUGCUCUUAUCAUGGUAGUUUAUGGAAGGAAUUGUAGAAUGAAAGGAUGGUUCUUUCAGAAAGAAUCCGAUAGAAGUGGGUUGCAAAGUGCCGCUACUUCCCCUGUAUUGUUCUUUACUCAAAGAAAACACUUUUGCUGCAUCGUUCAAAAACAUCUUGGUUUUCUACCAGCAUUUUAUAAAACAUAGAGACCCAAAUAUUUGGGCCUUGUCUAAGCACUGGUUCAAAACUUGUGUUUUCAAGAGGUUUUGGUUCUUGAAUCAACUGAAAACUCCAGGUCAAUUCCAAGGCUGAUUUCAGCUGGAUGCUUGCCAUCCUGGUUCGAUGAUGCUCUGUUUUACAUCGAUGAAAAUUGUUUUCGGAGUGUUGUUUCAAUGAGCUUGCAUAGCUGGGUCUUUCUUUGAUGUUAUUAUUUAUUUGGGUUCGGGAUUGCAACUGUAUGCUGCAGUUCUCUUGAUGUUUUGAACUUCUCUGGCUGUCAUUUAAAUUUCUAAACGAAACAGAGUUGAUUAUUUUUAUUUAUUUGUUGAUUUCUGAAAAUAACCAUGGAGAAAGCAAUGGUUAUUUUCAGCGAAGGGCUGGGGUUGAUUAGGCCAUCAAGAAAACUCUGCUCCUAAUUGGAAAUUAAUAUCGACUCUCAAAGAACUCCUAGUUGGAGUUCAGAAAAAUAUCGCUUGACUAUAUAUAUAUUUGCACUUUCUCACUGUAUCUAAAUUGCUCGAUGGAAGCAGCUUAAAUAUGGCUGCAUACAAUGACUAGCUGCAUCGCAGGGGAAGAAGUUACUGUGAGAUUGUUGUUGCUCACUCAAAGCACUGCAGUUCUACUGCCUUACCACCUCAAGGCAUUCCCAAAAGUUCUCUGAGCUCAUGGAAAAUGAAGCUUAUG